UCUAAGCCAAACAACAACACUGAAACGGUUUUGGUUUCCCACCAAAAGCAAAUGCAGCUGCAAAAAAGAAAAUCUUUAUAAUCAGAAUGAAUGCAACAUUGAGAAGCGUAACACUCCUAAGCAUAUUGAAAAAAGUAAUGAAGACAGUUUGGUGAUGGGUUUGAUAUCACUGUUCAAGUCGCUGCAUUAUCUCAUUUGGUCCGAUUUUCCAAGCCAUCAGCUGAACUCGGUGCCAUCGUGUUUCAUGUUUGAUACACCCAUGAAAUGCACCCUACCCAAGGGAUUCAAUGUGCGCCAUCAUGUACAGGUGCUAUGCACCAAGCUGGAACGCUUCCUAGAACGCCUGCAUCGCUCACUGGAGACCAAUCGGAACUUGGACCUCAACAAGUACACAGAUUGCAAUGCACAUCUUAGUGAAGCCUUCCAUGGCCUCAGAGCUUUACAGCAAUUCACCACCGUCGAACUCCGCCAACGUUCUUGGCAGUUCAUCAACGGCGCAGGAAUUCGUAAUGGCAGAGAACUCCAGAUGCUAUUGUCGGCUUUGGUGAAUCGUUUGAAAACCGCUCAUAUUUAUGUGCACGUUUUUAACUGGGAAAUGGAUUUGGAGCAUCGAUACUCUGCAGCAAUGACAGCUCGCCAUUCGGCGACCAUUAGUAAAUCUCUUUUAAUAGCUAACAAUGAGUAUGGAGCUGCUCAUCCUCUUCCGCUUAGCCACGAAGAAUGCUUCAUUGCCGAGCGCUAUCAGCUUUAUCAUGGCAUUAUGGCAUUUAAGAAGCACAAAGAAUUUUUGAACGCUUUAGUACACAAUCCAGAAAAUUACUUUCCACCGGAAAUCAUUGCCUUGUGCGAACCUCCAAAGCAUCUCGUCCCAGAAUUUGGAGAGCAGAUCGAAACAACAGGCAGCUACGAGAAUUUGGUCUUUGCUGGUGACAUCCUUGAACUACCUCCAUCUUCACCACCAAAAAUAACUCGUCGUCGGCAUGCUCCAUAUCAAAAUAGAGGAUCCUAAGAAGUAUAUUUCAAAGGA